CCCAGGACCCAGAGACGAUCUGACCAGGGUAGCCGGAGGUAAACAAACGCAGAGGACAACGACAAUCUCGCUCUCAAAGUGGCGAAAAACAGAAAUUUCUGUCAAGAUGAUGGGAAUCGCGACUCUUCUCGAGGCAGCCGAAUUCCUCGAACGUAGAGAGCGGGAAGCGGAGCACGGGUACGCCUCAACCCUGCCAUACCCACACGAGAUCCCCCCUAGGAAGCGGACCAAGUCUUCCAGCAGUUCGCGCCGAUCGCAGGCGUCAAGCCGGACCACUCACAACGAGCUGGAGAAGAACAGACGUGCCCACCUGCGGAAUUGCCUGGAGCGUUUAAAAGCGAUCAUCCCCCUCAGCCCAGAGACACCACGCCACACCACACUAGGACUGCUCAACAAGGCCAAAAAUGAGAUUAGGAGGUUGGAAGAUGAGAACAGGAGAAACUCGAGCUCACGGGAGCAGUUGUUCAGGCAGCAGCGGCAGCUGAAGCGCAAACUGGAGAUGCUGCACCGCAAGAUCAGGCAUGACAGCACGGGCUCCAUGUCUGACAACAGAUCCGACUCCUCAGAUGAAAUUGAUGUGGAGUUUGGUGGGGACAGCCCGACCCUGACAGCUGACUCCGCAUACCGCAGCAACAGCCCGGGAACAAGCUCCGACUACGCCUAUGGCAGCAACUCCCCGGGAACCAAUUCGGACUUUGACGAGAACGGGUCCACGAGCAGCGAUUGCGGCUACACCAGCAGCUUCAUCAAACAGUUGUCGUAACAACCAAACCAAACUCAGAUGUUUAUUUUUUGUUAAUGAGAUCUAUGGACAUCAGUUGUAUGUCGUAGGAGAGGGGAUCCAGCAAAGAACUAAUCUGUAACUUGCUAAGAUGUACUGUACUUGCUGAACUAAACUGUAUAGAACAGAUCCAGAAGUGUUUUUGAUGGCUUAAUACAGCCGGCAAAGGUAUCAGCUCCUAUAGAACCUGCCAAAGUUGACAAUCUAGUCUCUGCUUGUGUCACUGUAUGAGUCUGUGCUGAAAACUGCAUCAUAUACUAGUGUGUUGUUUUGAUAUUUGACCAGCCUUUAUAUCUAGGAAGCAAGUAAGCUAUUGCAUAGGUACAAGUGAGCAACAUCCCUUGAUGGUAAUCCGGUUCUGUUGUUUUUCUUUUUUUCUUAUCUGGCCACUGAAUGAAAAGCUUCCAUAAGGUCCACUUUGUAGUACUUGGUAUCAACUUUCACAAAGAUAAGAUGUGACAAUAGCUCACUUUGUCAUUAAUGUCCCAUGAACAGUGUACCUUGAAGUUGAACUGUCUUGACUGGUCUGAUGACCCUUAACCUAUGACAGCUGAGUUGUCAGCUCUCAGGAUAUUUGUAGUUCCUUACAUUCCAUGUGCUGUGAUUAUAUCUAGUAGAGUUAAGGAGGGAAAACUUGAAUAAGUUGUCUCAGCAAAUUAUGCAAUAGAAAAAUGCCUUACCGGGCUUAAGUUUUAUGUUGUGCCAUUAUCAAUAUACCCUCCCUCACCAGUAAGGGUUGGUGGUACAGCCCUACUAUUGUUAUCUUAUUAUUUGUCACUCAGUACCAAGUGUGUAAGGGAGGGUGGCAUUUAACCCAAUCUUCAGGGCAGCAUAAAUUGAUAGAUAAUACCCUAAAUCAGGGAAUUCGUUUGGUGCUACCAAAGUCAGUGUACUAGUACAGUAUGUUGUAAAGUUAUAAUCCCCGCAGGCCUUUUUAUCACUAUAGAUAAUUUUUUGCCUUACUGCUGUUACUAAUUUUGCAUGUAUUGCACUCCUCUAAUGAGGAACGUAUCCCCCUACUGGUGCGACCAAGCCCUGCCAAGUUGUUGACCGACUGUGACAAGGCAGCUCUCCUCAAAAUCAAAACCAUCUCUGAAACAGUCCCAGCAUCCUUUGCCAGACAUCAGCCAGAGGGGGAGGGGGGCCUUAUUACAUGUAUUGACCUAUAGUUGUUGUGUCACUUGAAUUUUAAAACCAAUGUAGUGGAACAUGCCUGUUGUUUUUUCUGGCAAGGUGUGCUGGAAUUGCGAAUUGCCUGAUUUACAUAUGUGUAUUGUAGCAAAUACUGUUGUGUGGUGUGCGUGCUGUGUUGGAAAACAAAACAGUAAACCUUUCAGGAAAAAAUAGUUGUUUUUAAGCAUACACAUGUACCUUUACACAGCAUAUUCUGAAGCAAUAGUAGAUACACUGCUUGAGAUAGGACAUAGACAACAUCAUACCACUGGAAUGCUUUAUGCAUGAGAUAAGAAUUUUAAAUGCCCACGAGUGGAACCCUUCUUGUAGUUUUCCCCUCACCUAAGUGCAGGGGAGACAGUCAGCAGUCAGACCUGUGAACACAAGUUGGGACAUUGUGGAAUUCACUCACUUUGUAGACAUGUAACAAAUUGUUACUAGACUUUUAAGAUGAAUGUCAUCUCCUGACAAUGUUUUAAUAGCUUGUUUGAUUUACUUGCUUGACAUUGCUGUAUUUUCUAAUGUUGAGGGGGAUUGGGAGACAAUUUCUGGAAUUUUGGUCUCUUUCUUUGGCAUUCUGGUGUAUUUUCGGUGCUGGUUGCUGUAUUCAUCAUUAUCUAUUAUGUAGAACUAGUUAUCAAAGUGUACAGUGUGUAUAUACUCAUUAAUAUUAUUGUUCAUAUGUUUCUUUUAACAAGAAUAAAAUUUAUUUCAAUUACAGUACAA